CCAGGAGCUGCUCACUGACCGAAGAAGAAUAUCCCGGAAGUAGGUGGAUGCAGGCGCUAGUUGGAUAGCUACUUCACUUCAAAAUACGGAUUAAAAUAUGUCCAUAUGCCAUUUCUGAUACGGUUGUGAUUGGCAUAGACAUUAUGUAAAAAAACAUUAUGUAACUGUAACGAGCUAGACGCGAGGAGGCACAAAACAACUUUUGGUAAUUUAGCUUGUUUAGCUAACAAGUUAGCUGUCAAAUAGUUUCCACGACAACUGUUCCGACCCCCCGUUCUGAGGUGACAGUUUGUUUCUCCAAACCACAAAAGUCUACAGAAGAACUGUUGGGUCGAUUCACAAUGGAUGAGGACGGUGAUGGCAGAUCCAGCCUGUCUAACUCCUGUCCCACUCGACCUAAACCCACACAGUCACCAGUUCCUGUCAGGAACCACAGGAACCAGAGAACACUGCAGGGCCCCAAGCUGCUAGAAGUUGACUGGGAUUCUCUUUUUAGAGAGAGACAACCUCCAUCAGGAGCAGCUAAACAACACCUGGAGAAUCAGCAGAAACCCAAGACAUUUCACGCCUGUCCAGUGUGUGGAAGACACUGCCAAAAGUUAUCCAUCCUGCAGAUCCACAUGAGAAUCCACACGGGAGAGAAGCCGUACCCCUGCCCCGACUGUGGCAAGAAGUUCGCUCACCUGGGAGCCAUGAGACGACACCACCUCACACACACGGGAGAGAAGCCUUACUCUUGCUCUGUGUGUGGGAAGAGUUUCACCCAAUCAGGACAUCUGAAAGAGCACCAACAGUCUCACUCCGGAGAGAAGCACCACUGUCUGAUCUGUCUGAAACAGUAUAUCAGAGCAGAAGAUCUGAAGAUUCACCACAGAGUUCACACGGGAGAAAGGCCCUACCGCUGUGCAGAGUGUGGCAAGAGCUACAUCAGGUCAAAGAAUCUCCGGGCUCACAAGCUGACUCACCAGAGGACAGGAGGUGCUGGUAAAAGUGACAGGGAGAUGGCAGCUACUAUCCAGGUGAAAGUGAAGGAGGAGGAAGAAGAGGAAGAGGUUGGUGGUUUCAUCAAUGCCGAAGGAGAGGAGGAAGAGGAGGUUGGUGGUUUCAUCAAUGCUGAAGGAGAGGAAGUUGGCUGGAGUUUCCCUGAUCUCAGUGAAAGUCCUGUCCAUGACUCUGGUAGUGAAGGAGGAAGUCCCCCUACAUCACACACCAACAAGGAUCCUGGUCACCAAUCCAGCACCAAAGCUAUAGAGUCCCAGGGUCCUGAUCCAAGACAUGAGGAGGACAUCACUCAAACACCUGGGAUGAACAUUCAUAUUGUAGAAGAGGGGAAGGAGGAAGUGAAAGAGGAGGAUGAAGUUGGUGGUUUCAUCAAUUCUGAAGGAGAAGAAUUUGACUGGGGUUCUGUUCAACAUAGAGAGAGCCCUAACUGUGGCUUAGACAGCAAAGCGAGUCCCGCCAUAUCAGAACAUCCUGAACACCAGGAGAGUCACAAAACGAAGACGUCUCACUGCUGCUCGGUGUGUGGCAGAGAGUGCUACAAACUCUCGGUACUACAGAUCCACAUGAGAAUCCACACGGGAGAGAAGCCAUACCCCUGCCCCGACUGUGGCAAGAAGUUCGCUCACCUGGGAGCCAUGAGACGACACCUCCUCACACACACGGGAGAGAAGCCCUACUCCUGCUCUGUGUGUGGGAAGAGUUUCACCCAAUCAGGGCAUCUGAGGGAGCACCAGCAGUCUCACAGUGGAGAGAAGCCUCACCUGUGUCUGGUCUGUGGGAGAGGGUUCUCUAGAGCGUCAGACCUCCGGAUCCACCACAGAGUUCACACAGGGGAGAGGCCGUACAGCUGUGACUACUGUGGGAAGAGAUACGGCCGCUGUCAGAAGCUACGGGCUCACCAACGGACACACCACAUUGACAGGAUGCACGCUGAUACUGGAGAGGAGACGGAGUGAAUGACCACGAGGCUUUGAACAUAAGACGUGAUAAGCUUAGUAUUCCUAUAGGUGAUGUUAGCCGGCUGGACAACAACGAUGAUACACGUUGAUCGGCAUCAGACAGGAGAACAAUACACUCCAUUGGAAUAGACAUGAUUCUAGAAUCCACCUAAAUGAUUGACAGAAUUCUGAUGCAGGACACGGGCUGCUGGGGAGGGGACAGACGCUGGGUGAAGUUCCCCUGCCUGAAUCCUAACCUUAACCAUUAGUGGGGGAGAUGCAAAACUGACCAGCGUCUAGGGGCAACUUCACCCUACUCUGUUUGGGGGAAAGAAUGGGGAGGCUUUAUCAGUAAGUGUUGACAGUAGAACUAUGGGUGUUUGUUAGUAGGGUGGACAAACACAACUAUUAACCUUGUGAUGAAGAACGAGAGGCUCGGUUAGAACAAUUACAAUGGAUGUGGUUCUACAUUCCACUUGAAGAAAGCACCCAGUUCUGAUGGAGAGAUGAAAUAAUCAGUGCUGUCCAGUUUGUUAUUGAACUUGAACCAGAGAAAGUGAACCCCAAAAGAUGGCCGCUAGACGGUGUUCUAAAUUGGAAUCGUGGAAUGCUUGUUCUCUGUCCUCCACAUCCUGUGUGAGGAACCCAGUUGAAAUAAUUGUUUAAAAAAAUAAUAAUAAUGUUGAUGUAAUAAUUGUGUUCUAUAUUGGAUAACAUCCCAAAUAAUGUUCAGUCACAGGACAUUUUGAUCACAGAGAGAGAGAGAGCUGUGGCUCCGUCCAUGCUGUCAUUCAGUUCAUUACGCCGCUAUAAGAUAGUAAACAAAGGUGUGUCAUGGUGAUUUGAAUAAAUAGGUUACAAAAACCUACCUAACUUUUUAAUCUAUUUAAAAAAUAAAAAAGUUUCUGUUUUCUGUA